CGCGCGCGCGGGGACCCGAACCCGGCCCCUCACCCUCUCCCUCUCGCUCAUGGCCUGUCCCUCCGCAGGGCAAGCAGAAGAAGGCGAGGAAAUACGCCACCAUGAAACGUAUGAUCAGCCUUCGCGACCAGCGCCUGAAAGAAAAAGAUCGAGCAAAACCCAAGGUGAAAAAGAAGGAUGAUCCCAGUGCAAUCAAGGAGAGAGAGGUGCCACAAUACCCCUCUUGUUUAUUCUUCCAGUAUAACACACAGUUAGGUCCUCCUUAUCACAUCCUGGUUGAUACCAACUUCAUCAAUUUCUCCAUUAAAGCCAAGCUGGACCUGGUGCAGUCAAUGAUGGACUGUCUGUAUGCCAAAUGUAUCCCUUGUAUCACAGACUGUGUAAUGGCUGAAAUUGAGAAGCUGGGACAGAAGUACCGUGUUGCACUAAGGAUAGCCAAGGACCCACGAUUUGAGCGCCUGCCUUGCAUGCACAAAGGAACCUAUGCAGAUGACUGCUUGGUGCAGAGGGUCACUCAGCACAAGUGUUACAUUGUGGCCACCGUAGACCGAGAUCUCAAGCGGAGAAUCCGAAAGAUCCCAGGAGUCCCUAUUAUGUACAUUUCCAAUCAUAGGUAUAAUAUUGAAAGGAUGCCAGAUGAUUAUGGAGCCCCUCGACUCUAAUUCUUGCAGCAGAAGUUCCCAAAACUCCCUGCUGCCAGGACUCUGAACAAACCAGAGGGUCCCUUUGUUUCUACCCCCCUCCCCCUUUCUCCUUAAUGCUGGGAGCACUGCAAGGAUUGAAGAUGACAACAGACUGCUGCUUAGGUUUUGUCUUCAGAACUUUGUUUUCUAAUAAAAAGCUGUUCUGGA